AUGGCUGCCGAGAAAGAAACUGAUGAAAACAAACAGAACAGAAGGGGGACAGUGUGUAAUGUAGUAAUCACCCAGGACCGCGGUCCUGACAACGGCAGCAGAGGGGGCGGUGGCAGCCGCCCGCCCAUCAUCUUCAACCCGGACUUUUUUGUGGAGAAGCUGCGCCAUGAACGACCCGAGGCUUUCACAGAGCUGGUUCUGAGUAACAUCACUCGUCUGAUCGAUCUGCCCGGUUCUGAGUUUGCCCAGUUACUAGGUGAUGAGGAACCCAAAACUCCAACCAACUCUGGGACUGGUAGUGGAGGCUUUUUCCGCUCCUUCAACUUUCUCAAACGCAAAGACAAAGGAGUUAUCUUCGGGACACCUUUAACAGAGGAAGGCAUUGCCCAGAUAUACCAGUUUAUUGAGUACCUUGGCAAAAACCUGCACAUUCAGGGUCUUUUCCGCGUACCUGGGAACAGCAUAAGGCAGCAAACCCUGAGAGAGCUCCUGAACAGUGGGCUGGAUUUUGACCUCAACUCUGGUGACUUUCACCCCAAUGACGUCGCUACCGUCCUCAAGAGCUUUUUGGGCGAAUUGCCUGAGCCCCUGCUUACACACCGCCACUUCCACGCACAUCUGAAAAUCGCAGACUUGACUCAGUUUGACGAGCAGGGCAAUAAGACGAGCAUGCCUGAUAAAGAACGACAGAUUGAAGCGCUCCAGUUACUCCUCAUGCUUUUACCGUCGGUGAACAGAACUCUACUGAAGCUCCUCCUGGACCUGCUCUAUCAGACAGCCAAGCAACAGGACAAGAACAAAAUGUCCUCCCACAACCUGGCCCUCAUGUUUGCCCCCCACGUCAUCUGGCCCAAAAACAUGACUGCCGGUGACCUUCAGGAAAAUAUGAAGAAACUGAACAAUAUCAUGGCAUUCCUCAUCAAGCACUCACAGAAGUUAUUCCGGGCUCCUGUAUAUCUGAGAGACUAUGCAAGACUCCAGUUCACUGGUACAAAACUCCACCAGUCAAAGGACGAUUUGGAUCUGUUGUCUAUGACUGGGUCUCCUUCUCUGGCGCCGUGUAAGCGGAGCGGGGCAGAUUUGGACUCUGACUCACAGAGCCACACAGAGGAAGCCCUUAAAGAGCUCUUCCGUCACGUGAAUGACAACAUGCCCAACUCUGCCAAGAAGAAGAAACUCAUCCGACAGUUUGCCAAGCAUUCUACCCCAGUGACCCCCGGCAGUGAGAGGCACACCCCCACCAGCAAGAAGCACGGCCGCUCACGCUCCUUCGGCGCUGUCAUCAGAAGGAAAGUUUUAGGGAGCCAACCUACCACUGAGAGGAGGGGCCAACAGGUCUCCCUGGAGAUGAGCGCCAUGGUAACGGGAAGGCCAGGGAAAGAGAACAUGACCCCAGAACAGCAACAGAUGCUCGUGGCAGCUCUGGAUGUCUGA